CAAUCAAAAUGGCAACCCUCACGCAUUCGAACGAGAACGAAGUCAGCAGAAAAAAAUCAGCGUGAAUAAAUCAUUCCGAAAUAAAAAUCCAAACGGUUCAUCGAUUAAAAUUGUAUCAACUGUCAAAUAAUUAACAUAAUUAAACAAUUAUUGAAAACCCAAUCAAAUCUUCGUAAGCCUAAAAAUUGGUUAUGGGUCACUUUUCGGAGAAUAUCUCUGAAUCCAUAAAACAUAGCACUAUAUUUGUCAGAAAUUUUUUUGUAGCCUUAAUUUCCCUGUGCAAUAUUAGUUAUGAGAAGAAUUCAGGUAUCUCUGUUGGAUUCUGAAAUAUUCUCCGAAAACUCAAAUCAACUCGUUGCCCUCUAUCUCAUCUCCGGUGAAUUGUAAAAUUCCCCACUCCUCCAUUUUGUCCUAUACUGCGUCAAACCUUGUGCAACGGUUUUUUUUCGAGAUAAACCACUCACACAACUCCAUUUUCCUUGAAAAAAUUCUACGUCAUCAUUCACGAAUACAUCGACAAAGCGUUCGCAUUGAAUUCUCUACCCAAUUAGUUUAUUUUCUUCUAACGUGACGUGUAGAGUUACUCCGAAUAGGAAGUGUCAUUUCCUUAUUUUUCAACGCAACAUAUUCUGAGUGGCAGUCUACGAUUGUUCAUCCUGUGGAACAACAGAUUUCAUUAGGUUCAUCGGGUUAUCGUCCAGGUGUUAAAAAAUCAUCGAGAGAUCAGGUGUGUCGAGGACUUUCUUUUGGGUGGCCCCAUUUGCGUGACUCACGUGAUUACAAAUAAACAUAUUGCCUUGUCGCAUUGAUCUUCGGUAUUUCUGACGUGAUAUUCAAUUUCAAUAUGAGUUACGGAUACCAGGGUCCUCCAGUAAUGCCGUUUCCUGGAAAAAAACCACCAACAAGCUUCGGUGUGCCACCAGGCACCCCCUCUGCCCCCAGUGCUAUGCCCCAUCCUGACACUAACUACGGCUUUAAUGCACCUCCAACGAGUUUUGGAAUGCCUCAGCCUUACUCACCCUAUCCUCCCCAGCCACAGUAUUCCCCAUAUCCUCAGCCGCAAUCUUCUCCAUAUUCUCAGCCACAGCCUUCUCCAUAUUCUCAGCCACAGCCCUCUCCAUAUUCUCAAUCGCAGCCCUCUCCAUAUCCUCAGCCACGGCCUUCUCCAUAUUCCGAGCCACAGCCGUCCCCAUAUUCUCAGCCACAAUCCUCUCCAUAUUCUCAACCACAGCCCUCUCCAUAUCUUCGACCACAAUCUUCUCCAUACCCUCCGCCACAAUCUUCUCCAGGUCCUCAGCCACAGUCUUCUCCAUAUCCCCAACCAGGUGGACAUGUCCAACCAGCCUCUUACUCCCACCAACCCUCACCCUACCCUCCACAAUCAUCCCCAUACCCUCAUUGCCCACCUGGAAGCAUGAAUCCUCAUCCCCAGAGUGUUAAUUCAUCCACCAACUAUCCUGGUGGGGCCUGUCCUGGGGGGCAGAGGCCAGGUCAAUAUCCACAACUGCAUGAUACCAAGCUCCACUCAAUGACUUACCACACUGGCCCCACCCCCCGGAAGGCUCCAUUCUCUAUCAAGUUGAGCCCAACGGUGGUACCAAGCUCUGACUUCGACCCUCGAACCGAUGCCGAGGUUCUGCGAAAGGCGAUGAAGGGCUUCGGCACCGAUGAGAAAGCCAUCAUCGGUGUUCUCUCCUAUCGGAACAAUAUGCAGAGGCAAGAAAUUGCUGUACAAUUUAAAACACUUUACGGAAAGGACUUGAUCAAAGACCUCAAGUCCGAACUCUCAGGGAACUUUGAGGAUCUCGUUGUGGCUAUGAUGACUCCGCUUCCACAAUACUACGCGAAAGAACUUCACGAUGCGAUGUCGGGAAUUGGAACUGAAGAGUGCGUUUUAAUCGAGGUCAUGUGCACCAUGUCAAAUCAUGAAAUCCGAGUUAUUCGACAGGCGUACGAAACGAUGUACGGGCAGUCUCUCGAGGACGCUUUACGUGAUGACACCUCCGGAAACUUUAAACGCCUGAUGGUGUCACUGUCUUGUGGUAAUCGAGACGAGAGUUUCGAUGUCAAUCCGGCAGCUGCAGCAGAGGAUGCCCGAAGACUCCUUCAAGCAGGUGAAUUACAAUUCGGAACGGAUGAAUCAGUUUUCAAUGAGAUCCUGGUGCAACGUAACAUUCCCCAGUUGAAGCAGAUAUUCCUGGAGUAUCAGAAUAUCACUGGUCACACGAUUCACGAUGCACUGGAGAAUGAGUUCUCUGGGGACAUCAAGAAGGGACUUUUGGCUAUUGUCAAGUGCGUUGGGAAUCGAGCAGGAUUUUUCGCUGAGCAGUUGUACAAGAGCAUGAAGGGAAUGGGAACAGACGAUCGACGUCUCAUUCGUUUGGUUGUGACGAGAUCUGAGAUCGAUAUGGGCGAGAUAAAACAGGAGUUCUCUCGCAUUUAUGGACAGUCUCUCGAGGACUUUAUUUCUGGGGACUGCUCCGGGCACUACAAGAAGUGUCUCUUGGCACUCAUUUCGUAAUGCCGACGACAAUCUCUACUCGUCAGGAAUACAAUUUGUUAAUUACGGGCUUUACUAUUUACAGCGAAAU